GCUAAUGAGGCGCUGGAGGAUUUCGCGCAAUCUCGAAAUGGCGACGACAAAUUCGAAUUUGAAUAACGCUCGAACAUUCAUCGAACGCGUAUAUUGUUGAGGAUUUUACGAAGAGUGCAGCUGACGGCUGAUUACGAGCGCCGAGGUCGCGGCAGUGAUUUAUCGCAAACGCAUUUCGUCGAACACGCGACUCGAUACGGGCGUAAUUUGAACGCAGUCACGAGCCAGUACUGGCGCCCACUUCAAGUCGAUAACACCUACGAGAUCGAUACGCGAAUCGGACGCCAGUAGAGAUUUUUUUUCGACGCUCAUGCGAACGCUGAAUCUUUAUUCUGAAUUAACGCGCGGAUAAAACGUCCGGUGUCACGAGUGCUCGCGCUCGUCAGUGAACACGAAUUUAGACGCUGCAUUGACUAUCGCGCACGAUGCUCGGCCGCGACCUAACCUAAUCAGACUUGCUUUAAUGUCAAUUGAUGCCAAUGCAAGUAUGGCGGAUUUCAGCGAGACGAACUCGCACGAAAUGACAGAGAAUCAUGUUGGCAAGCGGUGCAAUAAUCAAUGGGUGCGACUGAACGUGGGCGGGACGUAUUUUUUAACGGCGAAGACCACCCUGGCCAGAGAUCCGAACUCGUUUCUGUACCGGCUCUGCCAGGAGGACUCGGACCUUAUCUCGGACAAGGACGAAACGGGAGCGUACAUGAUAGACCGCGACCCCACGUACUUCAGUCCGGUUUUAAAUUACCUUCGUCACGGCAAACUCGUCAUUAACAAGGACUUGACGGAAGAGGGUGUGCUGGAGGAGGCGGAGUUUUAUAAUAUCACCGAGCUCAUUCGGCUAGUCAAAGAAAGAAUCAUACUGAGGGACACUCGGCCACAGAGGGAUUCGAAAAAGCACGUCUACAGGGUUCUUCAGUGUCACGAGGACGAGCUGACGCAAAUGGUAUCCACGAUGUCGGAUGGAUGGAGAUUCGAACAGUUAAUCAACAUAGGUUCUCAAUAUAACUACGGUAAUGAUGAUCAUGCCGAAUUUUUGUGUGUCGUAAGCCGGGAGUAUGGGGCUAGUCAGCUCACCAGCAAGGAAGAGGAGUCUACAGACCGUGUCAAGGUUUUGCAGCAGAAGGGUUCACGCAUGUAAUGUCUAGAUCCGUCCUUGUUUUCCCUUGCCUCCUUUAGUUUGAUCAACUGUGCUGCGACAAGAUGAAGACUGUUUUCGUUUUUACAUUUAACUGUUAAAUUGUGAAGCUCUUAAGUACUUUUUUCCAUUAUAUUCUCUCUAUUUCUCUUUAUAUAUGUAUAUAUCCAUAUAUAUGUGUAUAUAUAUAUAUAUGAAUAUACAUAUAUAUAUUCCUAGAUAAUGUUAAUUUACAGGGACAUUACUGUGCAAAAGAUAGAGAAAUUUUAUAGAUAUGUAUUUAUUAUACAUAUUAGCAUGAAUGAUUGUACAUGAAGCUUUAAAACUCGAAAGUAUCACGUUAUUAUUAAUUUAUUCCUUUUCAUUAAAACAAAUGUGUCCAGAAGAACGAAAGAAAGAUGUCGAUCUCACACGAAAAGGAUAGUUUAAUAAUUUCGUACAGUUUAUACAGAUAUAGUUGCUAUAUGCGAUACAUUAAGCAAAACCUUCCUUUUUCUAUAAGCACAUCUAUCUGCUUUAAAAGCAGAUAUACGCUAUAUAGUCAGAAAACAUAGUAAGUUAUUAAUAAAUGACGUUGUUCCAUAAUAGCUGCAGUUAUGUUUUAGCUUUAUCGAAUACUUUAACGGACAAUGGCAUUUGUGGAGGCAAUCGGUUUCAUACAAAUUUCUACAGUAACGGUAGUUUUUACCUCCAGUAGUGGUACAUGUAUAGAGAUUGUCAUUUUUGUACCAAAUUGUACAAAGAUUCUUUUUCUCAUCCGUGUCCUUACCAUAAGAUGUCUAAAUUACUUACCUUCGCACUGCCGCUAUUAAACAUAAAAUAAAAUUUGUAUAUCUAACGUGAUAAUUUUCGAAACCCAAAACGCGUAACUGAUAACUAUGGAUAUAUAAAAGCUGACUUUUUACAUGUACUGUUAAUACGGAAAAGAAUUUUUUCUAAACAAAGCAAUUUUAUUACACUACUUGUUAAGGAUACAGAUCUGAGAUGUGUGAAAAGAAAAGAAAAAGAACAACAGUAAAAGGGCUUAAUCUUUGAAAAUGCCAUUGCAAGCGAAAUUUUGUAGAAAGCCGGAGAAACAUGUACGUACAUGAUGUAAAAGGUUUCGGAACGUUCGUCGCACAUUUCGUACGUAAGAAAUAUUAAGAAAGAAAAAAUAGUUGUCGCUUAGAAAAUAGACUUCGUUAUCGCGAAUUAAUGAAACGCGUAUUAUUAGGAAAACUCCAUUAUUUUCCUUCACAAGUAUCUGCAGCGUGUUGCAAUAUGAUUCCCUACAUCCGUAGUAAUGAGAAUAUUUUUGCGACAGAUGUAGGUUGUCAAUUGUCGAAGGCCUAUAAAAAAAAAGUGUCCUAGACAAUAUCCGCGUUUGAAGAAAACGUUAACCGGGGAGAGAGAGAGCACAUGUAACAUCGGCUUGUUAUGGAUGUCAUUAGCAUUGAUUAUCUCAUUACUCAUGCGGUAUCUUUCUUUUUGCGAAUACUUUAAUAAAAUAUAUUUUGAUAACACUAACGAUCGGUUAUAGAUUACAUCAUCGAGUAUUUGCCAUUGAUUUGCGUACAGACAAAAGAGUAUAAAUCGCUAGGAAGGGAUACACGUGUAGCUAUAUCAAGUCAUCGGAUAUAUAUCUAUUAUAAAUAAUGAGAGUAAUAUAAUGCGAUAUCACGAAUUGGCUAAUAACGAUUCUCAUUUGGUACUGCGGAAUUUCAAGAACCUUAGGACCAAUAUUGUUAAUCGCGCGUGCUAUGUACAGUGUUGUUUAGACUAAUGUAAGGCAUAUAUUAUUUUCUAGCUCAAAUUCAUAUAUCUAAUAAUUAAAACAAAUUCAAUCAGUAUAUAUUAUAUUAAUGUUUAUUAUUACCAUACUACAUAUGCGCGACACCACCCCUCUUUACUCGUGUAAAGUUUGUACUUUCAUAUAGAUAGAAAUUUCUAAUGAUAAAUAAUAAUUUUAUUGAUUAUUCAAUGUUUGGCGUUUAGGGAACAAGAUUAGUAUUUACAUUCAUUAAAGACUAAACCCGUGUAACGAUAAGAAAAAUUAUAAAAUAAGUGCGGACA